UGGUCACACCGGAGGGUGCACUCGCUAAGUAAAAUCCACCACGCUCUCUCCGCUCCACACUCACACACGCGUUCUCCCGCUUGCUAUAUCCAUUUCGCUUCUGCCUGCCCAUCCCGUUUGGUGCGUAAGAGCGGUACAGCUGCCAUGUUGCAUGGCUGUACAGAGACCGCCAUCUUGAAAUUGUGCUCCCUCUCUCCAACUGUCGCAUUCUUGCACGCUGACCGUCAGCAGUGCGUUAGAACGGCACAACAGCAUAAGCCUGGCGCGUGCGCCUCGUGCCCAACCGCUUUCCAUGUGUGCGUGUGUAUUCGCAUUUUCAGUAAUUUCGAAAAAAAUUUUUGUAUAUUUGAUGGCGACAAGAAACUCGCGCGUUUGUCGAAAAACCGUAGCGCGUACGUAUAUAUCGGUGUGUAGAAAUUACUAAAAAAAUAUGUUGCACCUUUUUAACAGUCGUGUACAAUCUGUAUGUUGUAUAUGUUCAAUUUAGAUACAACAACAACGCAACACAGUUUUUAACAACAUAAACAAAAUCGACAAGCUUAAUUUUGGCUAAACCAACAACCAGCAUGCAACGAAUGCUAUAGCAAAAAAAAAAAAAAAAAAAAAAACAGCAGCGCGGCCAUAAAAAAGUCAAAAUAAAGAAACCAUUUGGAUAUCCCCUUCAAAAGGAUAAAUUGCAGCAGAAGGAGUGGAUUUCACCAAAAAACAAACAUUUUAACAAGAAAAGGACGAAGGAAAUAUUCAUAGGGUCGCCUACUAAAAGAUUUGCGUACAAUAAAGGAUUAAAGCCACAAUGCCUUCAGUAGCUGUCGUAGCUUUUGAAUCCUUGGCCCUCGAAUCAGCUAAACCCAGUCGAUUCCAAUGAGAGGAGCCUGGGCCCUUAGAAUCUGGAGCAGGCGAGUGCACAGACAUUGCUGAGCAUGAAGCAAUCACUACGGACCACUACGCAGCAUUAUCCUUUAAACAAGAAGAAAUUUUUAUCGAAAACCAGAACAGGAGCAGCAGUCGUAUUAGGAGGUGAAAAGACGAUAGAAAACGGAGGAGGAGGAACACCAGGAGUAGGAGUCGCAGGAGCAGGCGUAUCCAGUCGCAGGAGAAGGAGGUGGUCACCGGCUACAUAGGACUAGUCCCCACCCAUUCCCCCACCCCCCAAAACACCUAUUAAGGACCCUCCAAAUUACCCGUUGCAAAAGUCAAGAACAAGGAGCAGCCGAUCAGAGGACAAGGAGGAGAAGAGCAGGAGGAGACGGAGACGGCCCGUGUGUGUGUGUGUAUGUGGAGUGUGUGUGUGUCGGCCGUCUCAGUCGGAUAACUACGAAACCCAGAUUCUCCGAAAACAACUCUCUUAGAAUUCGAGGUCCACAUCCCAAGCUAAAGCAGCAGCAGAACCACCACACCGACCACAACCACAAGCACAACCACAAGAAGAACCAACACCACCAGCACCACCAUGUCGUCCAGUGAGCCACCGCCUCGUUACGAGCCACCCGUGGAGCCAGUCAAUGGCAUUGUACAGCCACCGGUGAUCCCGCCAGCGGAACGACCUGGCCGCAAUACGAACCAAUUGCAAUAUCUGAUCAAGACGGUGAUGAAGGUGAUAUGGAAGCACCACUUCUCGUGGCCCUUCCAACAGCCCGUCGAUGCCAAGAAGCUCAACCUGCCCGACUACCACAAGAUCAUCAAACAGCCCAUGGACAUGGGCACGAUCAAGAAGCGGCUGGAGAACAACUACUACUGGUCCGCCAAGGAGACCAUACACGACUUCAACACGAUGUUCAACAAUUGCUAUGUCUACAACAAGCCCGGCGAGGAUGUCGUUGUGAUGGCCCAAACACUCGAGAAGGUCUUCCUCCAGAAGAUCGAAUCGAUGCCCAAGGAGGAGCUCGAACUGGAGCCGGUAACGGCCAAGGGUGGCAAGAAGAAGCAACGGGCGCCGGCUACGCCCAAGUCAUCGUCAUCAGCGGCCGGUGCAUCCAGCGGAGCAUCCGGCGCAUCCUCCUCGGCGGCAGUCAGCAGCGGAACGGGCAGUGGCUCGAACAAAGUCUCAGCCGCCGCGUCAUCCGCGCAACAGUCUGGCCUGCAGGGAGCGACGGGUGCGGGCGGCGGUUCAGCGGGCACACCGGGAAGCCAGGCGGGUUCCGGUGCCGCAGGCGGAGGAGCGACCGCCACCCGACCCGUUUCCGCCAUGGGCGGCACGGUUUCAUCGACGGCCGGCGGUGCACCGUCCAUACCACCGAUUAGCACAAUGCCACCGCACACGGUGCCGGGCAGCACCAAUACGACGACGACAGCGAUGGCUGGCGGCCCGGCCGGUGGCGGAGCUGUGGGUGCAGCUGCGGCCAAUCCCAAUGCCGCCGCCCUGAUGGCCAGCCUCCUGAACGCCGGCCAAACCGGCGGUUAUCCCGGCGCGCCGGCGGUCAACAGCUCAUCCCUGCUCGAUGGCAGUACAGUGGCAGCGGCAGCAGCGGCGGCAGCAGCAGCAGCGGCGGCGGCGAGCGGAGCAGGUGGAGCCGGCGUCGGAGGAGCGGGCGGUGGCGUGACAAUACCAUCGGUCGCCGUCAACGCAGCCAACGCGGUGCAGGCGUAUGUGAACGCCGGCGUUAGUGUCGGCGUCGAUGCCGUGAUACCGCCGCAGCAGCCCGCCAAAAUCAAGAAGGGCGUCAAACGGAAGGCGGACACCACGACGCCGACGGCCAAUGCCUUCGAAUCGCCGUACGCGCAGAUGGACUCCAAAUCGGCCAAGAUUGCGACGCGGCGGGAGUCGAAUCGUCAGGAUCUUACAUUCCAGGGCUCGGGAUACAAUAUGUCGCCGCUGGGCGUUUCCGGCGUUCCCGGACUUGGCGGUAUGGUUGCCGGCGGCGUCGCCGGCGUUGCUGUGGCCAAGAACAAGGAGAAGCUAUCGGAUGCGCUCAAGUCGUGCAACGAGAUCCUCAAGGAGCUCUUCUCGAAGAAGCACUCGGGCUAUGCCUGGCCGUUCUACAAGCCAGUCGACGCGGAGAUGCUCGGCCUGCAUGACUACCACGACAUAAUCAAGAAGCCGAUGGAUCUGGGCACUGUCAAGCGAAAAAUGGACAAUCGCGAGUACAAGAGCGCGCCGGAAUUCGCCGCCGACGUGCGAUUAAUAUUCACCAAUUGCUACAAAUACAAUCCGCCAGAUCACGAUGUCGUCGCCAUGGGACGCAAGCUCCAGGACGUCUUUGAGAUGCGCUACGCGAACAUACCCGACGAGCCGGUGGCCAAUGCGGCCCACCAUCACGGCCACGGUCAUGGUCAUGGCCACGGCCAUGGACACGGCCACGGACAUGGUCACGGGCAUGGGCAUGGCCACGGCUACGGCGGCUCCUCCUCACUCAAGCACGAUGCCAGCGACUCGUCCAGCGAGGAUUCCAGCGACACCGAAAACGAAUCGAACUCCGACGAGGAGCGCAGCGCCAAGCUGAAGAUGCUGGAGUCCAAGCUGCUCGGCCUGCAGGAGGAGAUCCGCAAGCUCUCCGAGGAGGCGUCCGCCAAGAAGAAGGCGAAGAAGAAGCUCAAGGAGAAGAAGAAGUCGUUGGGCGGCGUCGGGGGAGGAUCCGGUUCCGGUUCGGCCUCCCAUCACGGCCACGCCUCGGCGGGCGGUUCGGGCGCCGGCGGAUCAGCACCGACAGCGGGACAUGCGGGCGGCGUUUCCGGUGUGCCGGGCGGCGUCGGUGCUCUGGGCGCCGGCGGAGCGGGCAGUGCCAAUCUGAAUGCCCUGCUCAGCGGCUCGUUGGUCGGCCCGGGCGGAGCGGCCGUCGCCGGCGGCGUGCCGAAUGUUUCGGCGCUGCAAGGCCAGGUGCACGACAUGGCCAUGGCCUUUGGCCAGCUGGCGGGCGGCGGUGCCGCGGCCGGCGGCGGUGGCUUCGGUGCAGGCGUCUCGGCGGGAGCGGGCGCAUCGGCGGGCGGCAAGGCGGGCACCCUGGCCGGCGCACUGGCGGCGGGCGCAGCGGCGGGCGCCGGCGGCACGGCCACAGGCAGCGGCAGUGGCAGCAGUAAAGGUGCUAAGAGCAAGGGCGGACGCGGCGCCAAGGGCAGCGGUGGAGCCGGCGGCGUUGGAGCCAGCAAUAACGCCGCCGUGGGCAAUGCAGCUGGCGGCGGUGCAGCUGGCGCUGCGGCGGGCGCCGGUGGCGUCGGCGGCGUUGGCGGCGGUGCUGGCGGAGCAGGUGGCGGCGGCGGCGGCAAUGCCUCCAAGCGGGCCAAGGGCAGCAGCUCGGCGGGCGCUGGUGGCGCUGUCGGCGGUGCGAAUGCCAGCACCGGUGGCGCCGGUGCGCGCGGCAGCAGCAAGAAGAAGCCCAGCCAGGUGAUGAACUUCGACUCCGAGGAGGAGGACACGGCCAAGCCAAUGUCGUACGAUGAGAAGCGCCAGCUGUCGCUCGACAUCAACAAGUUGCCAGGUGACAAGCUCGGCCGUGUGGUGCACAUCAUCCAGAACCGGGAGCCAUCGCUGCGUGACUCCAAUCCCGACGAGAUCGAGAUCGACUUCGAAACGCUGAAGCCGUCGACGCUGCGCGAGCUUGAAAGCUAUGUGGCGUCGUGUUUGCGCAAAAAAACACAUAAAAAGCCUUCCGGCAAGUCGAAGGACGAGCAGAUGGCCGAGAAAAAGCAGGAGCUGGAAAAGCGUCUGCAGGACGUCACUGGUCAGCUGGGGGCAAGCAAGAAAACCGCCAAGAAAGAUGAGUCCGCUUCGAACAAGGUCGAGGCAGUGCAGCCGGCGAAUCCCGUGUCGUCGAGUUCCAGUUCCAGCGAUUCAUCGUCGUCGAGUUCGAGUGAUAGCAGUUCGAGUGACUCGAGUGACAGUGAAGCAGGCGAUGGUGACGAGCGACCGCCGCGCAAGAAAAAAUCACGGGACUCGAAUGGAAGCAAUGUAAAUAAUCCAAGUAUAAAUGUGGUCAUGGGCGGCAACCUGCCGAGCGGCGCCCUCACGCCGACGACCAUGCUGAUGGGCCUGGACCAUGUGGUGAACUCCAACACGCCCACAUCACAAAUGUCCAACAUGCUGGGCAACACCAAUCCGCUGACGGCAGCUGCCAUGCUGAACAACAACAACAAGACAUCGCUGCCGGGCAGCAACUUCGCUGGUGGCGGUGCUCCCAACUUGGCCGCCGGCCACAUGUUGCACGCCGGUGUUGCUGCAGUUAACGCGGCGGCGGGGCAGCAGCAGCAGCAGCAGCACAACAAGAACGGACCAAAUGAUCUGAGCAAAGGGCCGCCGGGUGGCUCCAUCACCGCCGCCCUGCCGCCGCACAGUUUCCCCGGAGGAGUUGGAGCAGGAUCAGGAGUAGGAGGAGUAGGAGGAACUGGAACGGGCGUGAGCAGCAGUCAGUCGACCAGCGGGGGCAUUCGCAUCGCCAGCAAUCUGCACAAGGCGGCCUCCGGCUUGGGGGGUGGCGGUGAUCUCGGCGAGCACCAUGCGGCACUGGCGGCUGCCCUGACGUCCGGCGUGAAUGUGAAUAGCACUGGCAAUGGCGGCACCACCACCACCAGCACCACCAACAACAAUAACAACAACAACAAUAACAAUAACAACACAAACCCCAUGGGCGGUGGCUCGCACGGAGACGCGAUGGCCAACGCCUCGCUGGGAUCGGGCCUCAAGCAGAUACCACAGUUCGACGACCCCGUGGAGCAGUCGCUGGCCUCGCUGGAGUUCAGCGCCGGCUCCACGGGCAAAUCCUCGCUGACGGACAACUUUUUGAUGCAGCAACACCUGAUGCAACCCGGCGGCGGAGGAGGACAGCAGCAGCAGCAGGCGCAGCAGCAGCAGCAACCGUUCGGCCACCAGCAGCAGCAGCACAUGGACUACGUCACGGAGCUGCUGACCAAGGGAGCGGAGAGCGUGAGCGGCAUGAAUGGCAACCACCUGCUCAACUUCAGCCUGGACAUGGCAGCCGCCUACCAGCAGAAGCAUCCCCAGCAGCAGCAGCAACAACAACAGCAGCAGCAACAGCAACAGCAGCAGCAGGCGCACAACAACGGGUUCAAUGUGGCCGACUUCGGUAUGGCCGGAUUCGAUAGCCUCAACAUGGGACAGGUCUCGCUGCUCGACCUCGAGCACACGCUCCAGCAGCAACAGCAACAGAUGCAGCAGCAGAUGCAGCUGCAGCAGCAACACCAGCAGCAGCAGCAGCAGUCGCACCAGCAACAGCAGCAGCAGUCGCACCAGCAGCAGCAGCAACACCACCAGCAACAGCAGCAACUGACGCAGCAGCUGCAACAGCAACACCUCCAGCAGCAGCAACAGCAGCAGCACCAACAGCAGCUGCACCAGCAGCAGCAGGUGGCCAACAAGCUGCUGAUCAUACCCAAGCCCAUCGAGUCGAUGAUGCCCAGUCCGCCGGACAAGCAGCAGCUGCAGCAGCAGCAGCAGCAGCAACAGCAACAGCACCAGAAGGUGUUGCCGCCGCAGCAGUCGCCCUCCGACAUGAAGCUCCAUCUCAAUCAGGCGGCGGCGGCUGCUGCUGCGGCGGCGGCGCAGGGCAAGCUGGCGCAGGCCUUCAAGGCGUCCAACGAGCAGAACCUGAAGAACGCCAGCUCGUGGUCGUCGCUGGCAUCGGCCAACUCGCCGCAGUCGCACACGUCGAGCAGCUCGAGCAGCAGCAAGGCCAAGCCGGCGAUGGAUUCGUUCCAGCAGUUCCGCAACAAAGCCAAAGAACGCGACCGCCUCAAGCUGCUCGAGGCGGCCGAGAAGGAGAAGAAGAACCAGAAGGAGGCCGCCGAGAAGGAGCAGCAGCAGCGCAAGCACCACAAGUCCUCCUCCGCCGCCUCGGCAGCGGCAGCGGCGGCCGCAGCCGUUGUGGCCGUCCAAGCAGCGGCGGCGGCGGCGGCAGCCGGGGCAGCUGCUGCGGCAGCGUCGGUGGGCGGCUCCGGCGGCUCGAAUGCCUCCGGCGGAUCCAAUGCCUCCGGCGGCAGCAGCAGCAGUGCCUCGGGCGGAGGCGGUGGCGGUGGUCCAGCUUCGGGCAACCAGGCGAUCGGCGGCGACCGUGAGCGUGAAAGGGAUCGCGACCGGGAACGUGAGCGCUCCGGCAGCGGAGGAGGAGGUGGCGGCGGCGGCGGCGGUCAGUCGGGCGGCAAUGGGAACAACAGCAGCAAUUCGGCCAACAGCAAUGGACCCGGCAGCGCGGGAAGCGGAGGCAGUGGCGGCGGAGGAGGAGGAGGAGGAGGCAGCACCGCCAGCACCGGCGGACCGAACAGUGGCGGCGGCGGCAAUGCCAACAGCAACAGCGGCGGAGGCGGCGGCGGCGGAGGAGGCGGGGCACCGCUGCUCAAUGCCGGCAGCAACAGCAACAGCGGCGUUGGCAGUGGCGGCGCCGCGAGCAGCAACAGCAACAGCAGUGUCGGCGGCAUCGUUGGCAGCGGCGGACCCGGAUCGAAUAGCCAGGGCAGCAGCGGCGGCGGCGGCGGUGGUGGCGGUGGCGGUGGCGGAGGUGGGGGACCGGCCAGCGGCGGUGCCGGUGGCGGCGGCAUGGGUAGCGGCGCCCUCGAUUACGGACAGCAGGUGGCGGUGCUGACGCAGGUGGCUGCCCACGCACAGGCGCAGCACGUGGCGGCCGCUGUCGCCGCCCAGGCCAUCCUGGCCGCCUCGCCCCUCGGUGCCAUGGAGAGCGGCAGGAAAAGCGUGCACGAUGCCCAGCCGCAGAUCUCGCGGGUGGACGACAUCAAGGCGUCGCCGGGCGGCCAAGGCCAGAGUUCGCCGGCGCAGCAAUCGCCGCAGGACCGGGCCGCCGCCAAGCGAGCCGAGCAGCGGCGGGCCGAGCAGGAGCGGCGCAGGCGCGAAGCGUUGGCCGGCCAAAUCGAUAUGAACAUGCAGAGCGAUCUCAUGGCUGCCUUCGAGGAGACGCUGUAGGCCAAGGCCCGGAGAAAGUCGACCAACCACCGGGGCAGUGGCUUCGCCUCAACCAAUACCAAUACCAUUACCAAUACCAAUACGAACACCACCCGCAGCCGCAACCGCAACCGCAACGGCGACCGCAGCAACACCACCCACACCACCAGUAGCACCACCAGUAGCACCACCAGUGGCACCUCCAGUGGCACCACCAGUAGCACCUCAUCCAGGUGCUCCAGGCGGACGAGGCGCCAGCACCUGGGACACCGGCUGGAAGGAGCCAACUGGGACGACGGCUUGCAAGAGCGCGAGCAGAGCAGCACGGCUAAGACAGCAGCAACAAACAACGACGACAGUUCGGCCCAGAACUGUUAGAGCAAACAAAAAACAAAAAACAACCACACACUUCACCCAACAAUCAAAUAAACCAACAAACAUGCUGGCAAGCAAACGCGACCCAGCCAACAAGUUAAGGAAACAAACGGCAUAGGCUAAAACCAAUAAGCAAUGUUCUAAGGCGUAAAUCACAUACGUACAUUUAGUGAGGAUAUAUAUAAUGCAUAUACGAAAGGAGUGAGGAGGAGGAAAGCUGGGAGAAAUCAAGUGAAAGCCGCUACCAGCAAAAAAAAAAAAAAAGAAAAUCCAGCAGCAGCAGCAGCAACAGCAGCAGCGUCAAAAAACACACACAAACAGAGAAUGGCAAAUUUCCUUCGGUUAGCAAUUGAUUCUUCACAACUCUUUUCAAAUCACAUGUCACCUUCGAUGAUUGUGCAUUACAACAAAUUCGAUGGCGAUCGUGGGAUCGUGGCGACAAGGAAGUCCGCACAUGGUUCCGAAGCUUAUUAUGUUUAAUAUUAUUGAUUGCGUAGGCAAGUUUAGUUUGUAGUCCUAAACCUAAUUGAUAAUGCUUAUUUUUUUUUCCUAAUUGUAUUCAUACACCUAUGCUUAGAGUUGUUAACUAAUUUAAAACAAACACACAAAACAAACAAGAAAAACCCAACAAAAAAAAAAAAAAAAAAAAAAAAAGAACAAACAAAACAAGUCGAAACAAAACGAAAUCAAUUCAAGACAUCAUUCAAGACGUAAGGGGAUGGCGAAAUUCAAUUAUAUUAAUUUGAAAAACAAUGUCAUUAUAAAUAGAGUCCACCCGACGAUCCCCACUCCCCGUGCUCCGUGCCCCAUGACCCAUUCAGUCCAUCCCUCGGACCGCUGUGAACAGAACUUGAUGGAAUCUUAUUCUUUGACGAUUUUAUUCCUUUGCUUUUUUUUUUUUACCUGAAUGCGGCCGUAGAGCAGCCAGCACUCCACCUGUAAUUUAAACGCUGACAAAAGAAGCACUCACGCGUCUGCACGCGGCCAGACAUGAAUGUGCAAGCUUGAAAAAAACCGUUACGAUACGCAGAACCAGAACCGCAGACCCAAAAGAAAUAUAAAAGAGAAACACUAAGAAGUUCAGGCUUGGGCUUUCGACAUGAAAACAAAUUUAGUUAUAAGCAGCUACACCAUUCUUUGUAUAUGACGCGCCAAAAAGAAAAAAAAACAAAAAACACACAGGAGCAAAAAUAAGAAGAAGAAGAAGAAGAUGAUGAUGAAACUACGAUUAACUUGUAAUUUGUUGUUUGUUUUUAACGAGCACAAGCCCUUGCAAGUAGGCGCCAGGAAGGAUGCUAUCCCCAAAAUUGCAGUGACAAUUCAGUAAAUUAAUUAUACAUGUUUGGAGUCUCUGCCGUCUUCCAUGUAUACUCUUCGUCUAUAUCUUCAUCGCCUGCAUGCAUCCGAUCCUCCUCGUCAAUGUGUCCCUGUAUAUAGACCCUUAGGCACUUCUAGGUCAUCUCUCCAUCAGGGACUCUGAUCCUGUAAUAGCAAUAGGACUUAUGGUAGCAACUAUCUAUGUAAAAGCUAACGAAGUGGUUCAUCCAACUCUGCAGGUGCAUAAUGUACAUUUUAUUUAAGUUUGGGCUUCUGACUUCCGUUCAUUCGUUCGAUCGUUCGUUCUGUGCGUGACUGUGUUUGUGUUUGUGUGUGUGUGUGGGCGUGGGUGUGUGGGUGUUCAUAGGGGUACGUGUAUGUCCUUGUAUAUAGAGGCGGUCAGUCGAUCCGUAUCUUUCCCCGAUCAACCCGACUUCCCAGAUUUCCCCAGGAUCUUUGUUGUUAUGUACACUCGCAGGAAAUGUCAUUUCGUUUCGUGUAAAUUAGUUAUUUUCGACAGCGGGAGAAAAGCAGAAGAAAUUAUCACAAAAUAUCCCCCAUUCUAUAUUAACGAAAUCUAUAUAUAUAAAGAAUACGAAAAAAGAUGCAUCAGAAACAUAUAUACAAAAGAAAGGAACAUUUUUUUUCUAUACUUAAUUUUAGCAUUUAAUUGAGAUCACUCGAGAAGAUAAAAGAAAUGUAUGAAAAUAAAAAUUGAGAAAAAACCAAACGAUUCAAAGAAAAA